CUGGUCAACUCCCACCUUCCCCUUCCUCUUGCUUGCGUGACGCGUUCCUCAUGCCUUCGUUAAGUAGAAAUAUGGCCUUAUUUCCACACUAUUUCCACCGUUCCUGAUGGGGCCGUAAGUCAGGUCAAUCCUGCCGAUCCUCGAUCCUAGAUUCCAGCAACCCUUUAUUCUGCUAUGCUCUCCCAAUUCUAGCCAACGCCGAAUCGAGGCGGAUCGACGGCUAUCGAUAGCCUCAGGCCGUAAGGAAAUCGACGGCUUUUAGAAUCCUAGCAUCUCUCGAUUCUGAAAGCCGUCGAUUCGCUGGAAGCAGAUAUCCCGGCGAUGGAUCCUGCCACGAUCGCCAAGGCAGCGAAUCCGUGGGUGCCACGUGGACGCGUGAGAGAUGAGAAGGAGAAGGUCCUGCGAACCGUGCAAGGUAUCUUAAACAAGCUCACUCCUGAGAUGUUUGCUCCGCUCGUCCAGCAGCUCCUGAGUUCCGGCAUCAAUACACCUCAAAUCCUCCAGGAGGUUAUCUCUCUGGUUUUCACCAAGGCUGUCGACGAGCCCACCUUCUGCCCCAUGUACGCUGCCCUCUGCGAAAACCUUUCCCGAGGCCUGCCCGAGGAGGAUGAUGAAAGGGAGAGGAGGGAGAGGGAGAGAGGGGAGGAGAAGGAGCAGCGGAGAGCCAAGGCACGGACUUUGGGGAACAUUCGGCUCAUUGGGGAGCUGUUUCUUCAGAGGAUGAUUCCAGAGAAGGUCAUUCACGCGUGCAUGCAGAAUUUGCUAGGAGACCCUGCAUCCGUCCCUCCUCCCUCGCAUGUAGAGGCUGCCUGUGUGCUGCUCACGAUAACAGGGGGGCCUAUGGAGAGGAGCGGGAAAGCACCGCUGCUGCUGCAGGGAUACCUUCGGCAUAUAAAAUAUUUAGCUAAGUACCAGGGAGCUGAGAAGGACUUGGUCAGCGCAUCCAGGAGCACACUUAGCCGUUUGUACCUUCAGCUAAAGCAGCGGGAGCAGCAGCAGCAGCAGGAGCAGCAGCAGCAGCAGCAACAUCUUCAGCAGCACACUCAGCAGUCUCCCCUCCCUCCCCUUACUCCUUCACUGCCUCAUACCCUCCCUCCUCCCCUCUCUUCUCGCCUUCGCUUCAUGUGUCGAGAAUUGCUAGAGCUUCGGAGGAACGGGUGGGUGCCUCGUAAAGAGGGUGAUACUGCCAAGCCUAUCAAGCAGGUUUGGGCCGAAGCACAGGCAGAGCUAGGGUUGGUGGGAGGGGUGAGACUGGAAGGCAUGGGACUGGAAGGCAUGGGACUGGAAGGCAUGGGAAUAGGAGGGAUGGGCAUGCAUGGAGGAGUGGGAAUGGGAAGGAUGGGAUGGCAGGGAGGUGUGGGGAUGGGAGGAGAAGUUGCAGGGUUACAUACCACAUCACCGCUGCCAUCAGUAGUAGUGCCGCUACCAGUACUGCCCUCACAAGUAGUGCCUUUACCGGUAGUGCCUUCCCCAGUAGCAGCUGCAGCAGGGGCAAGAGCAGCAGCAGUAACCUCGGGAGCACCAGCAGCAGCAGAAGCAGCCGACUGGGAAUCUCAACUAGCUAUCACCAUCCUGAAAUCUCUACUCCAAGGGCUGAACACGGUACCAAUCAAUAACCCCGCACCUAGCACAUCUGGCCCAUCAGCCUUAGCAGGAACGCUGCAUACCCUCUCAGUGCCGCCGCAGCAGCUUCAACCGCCUCCUAUCAGCACAAAGCUUGAUGUAGCCCGAGUGGUGAACAGUGGAGUGCUGACAGCACAGCAGGCUCUGGGACCCCAUCCCCCUAGAGACUGUGCCGCUCGCUUCGUGCUGCAGAUGAUGCGGCAUGGUGCUGCAGCUGCUUCUGUUGCCGCUGAGGCUGAUGCUGCUGCCGCCGUCGCUGCUGCUGCUGCUGCUGGUGAUGCCGCUGAAGCUGCUGCUGCUGGUGACGCUGCUUCAGCUGAAUCCGGAUCAUCCUCUGCCAACUCAGUUCCUGCGGACCCCUGUCCUGCUGCUGCAGCCAUUGCUGAAUUUCCUGAUGCUAAUGCAUCUCCUGCCGUUCGUCCCUCUUCAGGAUCCAACGGCUGCAAAUCACAGGCGUUACCAGCCAGCCAAUCACAGCAGCUGCUCAUGCCCAUCGGCCAAUCAGCUCGCUCGAUUCUUGACUCAGUGGGUCUCCUUCUCGACAGCCUGGCAGCCAGAAAAGCUUUGCCUGACGGAUCGCUGACAAAUGGCGCAUUGUCAUUCGCCCGGCUGAUCGGGAAAGGCGGCAUCUCCAACAGUAACAGUCACAGUAACAGGAGUGAGAUUGUAACCAACCGUACAGUGAUUGUUGCUCGCUCUACCAACAUACCCAAUACACCACCACCAAAAACAGCCCCAGAAAAGUCUGCACUGUGGAAUUCCCAGGUUUUAGGUCAGUGGCUGGGUCGGUUCGUGGGUACGGGGCAGAUGGGGUUUGGAGUGGUUCAAGAGGCAUGUGAAAGGGUGGUGUGCGGUCCGUACAGGCGUGCGCUGCUGCUAGCAGCGCUAGUGGGAGCGAGGGCAGCAACAGUAGGGUGUAAAUGGGUAAAAGCGUUACGAGGCGCCGGGGCAGAGGGAGUGGUAAAGAUGGGGGUAGGACCGGGGGAGAGGCAGGAGGACGUGCUUCCUUUGCUCAAGAAAUGCGCUGUAGAGAUGGACCUCUCGCACCAUGUAUGGGAGCUCUAACUUGGUGUGAUGUGAUGAUGUGUGUAUUUGGUGUGUAUUGGAGCUGUAACAUAACAUG